GCGGCGCAGACGCACUGCCGGCCUGGAGGGUCGGGGCGCCUGCGCAGUCGCUCCUCGUCAGGCGGCAGCCAUGGCGGGUCAAGAAGAUCCGGUGCAGCGGGAGAUUCACCAGGACUGGGCGAACCGGGAGUACAUUGAGGUCAUCACCAGCAGCAUCAAGAAAAUCGCGGACUUUCUCAACUCGUUCGAUAUGUCUUGUCGUUCAAGACUUGCAACACUAAAUGAGAAAUUGACAGCCCUCGAACGGAGAAUAGAGUACAUUGAAGCACGGGUGACAAAGGGGGAGACCCUCACCUAGAACUGUGUGCCACACUGCUGCUGGGAAGUUGCUUUACAGAACACAGGCCUCCGUGGGACAGGCCCCAGCAGCCUCAGCUCCUUCCUCUCUCCUUAAAGAGCAACAGGGCUUAUUCUUGUUUUCCCUUUUUCAAAAGCGUGGCCUUUGGGCUCUGCCGCGUACAGCGGUGUGUGAUGUGGCAUGUGGGAAGAAGCCCAGGGGACCUCUCGGACACAGCGUUAGGCGUUUUACCUUUUAAGUAACAUUUUGUCGAACUGUUUGUCAAUGUAUUUGAGGCGUGCGCAGCCAGACGCCUGGGGCUCUUUGUUAAGGUCCUCCCCACCACCUCUCUCUCUCUCUCUCUCUCUCUCUCUCUCUCUCUCUCUCUCUCUCUCUCUCAGAAUUUCCUUACAGCUCUCAUGGCCUCUGCAAUGGUCCUAUAAACAGUUUUUGGGUCCUUUCCACCUUUGCUGGGGGGCGGGCAGCAGGCCUGGCUGAGACGCGUACGCCCCGCACGGUGGCCACCGAAACUGUUGUUGGCAGCCCACCAGGUUCUAGUCCUCUGGGGGAGGUCGAGGCCAGGCCCCCACUUGGCUUGAAGGGACAUUUUCAGAAUUUUCUUUCUGUCACUUAGGGUGUCUGUGCCUCUCGUAUUUCCCUAAUAAACUCCUCAACUUUA